AUGGAGCACGUAAGCAACAGUGUUUCCCUUGUUGAGUUGAAGACGCGUUCUCUCAUCCCUCAGAAAUGGGAGGGUCAAGUCCGUGCUAUCGGAAUAUCGGAGUACAAGGAAGCAGCGCUAUCCCUAGCGCAGGCCUUUGCUACUGAUGAACUGGCACAGUACCUCCUCGAUUCGGACGACAUGGUUGGUGUCGAUGACGAGGCUAAGUGGAGGCUUCACGUCGACAUCUUCAACUACAUUGUGGCGGCUCACUGUUACAGGGGCAUCGUGACGACCAUCGGACCGGAUUACGAGGGUGUGGCGCUCUGGAUGCCUCCAGGCCAGGAGAUGGACGACUGGGUGACCAUCAUCCGCAGUGGUAUGUGGAGACUCUACUAUCAACUCUCUGCGGAGGGCCGGAAGCGCUACUACAAAGAGCUGCUACCGGUGCUCCACAAUGCGAAGGUUGAGACCAUGGGUGACAGGGACAACGAAUGCUACUACCUGGUCUACCUGGGUACUAAGCCCGCCGGCCAGCGCAGAGGCUACGCGAGAAAGCUCAUUCAGCACAUGGCCUCCAAGGCUGAUGCGGAGGGCCGACCCAUGUACCUCGAGUCCAGCUCGCUGAAGAACAACGCGUACUACAAGAAGUUCGGCUUCGAGGCCAAGAGGGACAUCUACCUCGGCGCCGACAGCAAGUCGCCCGUCCGGCUGACCAUCAUGGUCCGCGAGCCGCAGAAGCUGCCCAACUCGAUCCCCAUCAAGCUCAACGCCGGGUUUAAGAUGAUGUAA